AGAGGACAAGCCCCUCCCCUCUGCUAAGCAGCACUAGGCACACAGCCUCCUUAAAAGGAGGAGGUACAGGGUGCACCACUUGGCACAAGAGGGGGGCCAGCAGUGUCAGCCCAUUAGCCACCUGCCUUAGAAAGAAAGACCAGGAAUGCCAGGAUGAAGGAUUGGAACACAAAGGGAGGUGCCAUCAUGAGAGAUCUGUGAAGAGAAAGACCUAAGGGGCCCAGAAACAUGAAGCCUGGGAAAUCAACCCCUCCCAUGAGGGAGAUAACAACAGUGGAACCUGGUUCUAAAUCAGUGCCUAGGACAGAUGGGAGACCUGCACAAGAACAGACACCUACGACCCAGCCAGAGCCUAAACCAGAAAAGAUACCCAAGAUAGCCAAGCCAAGAACGAAGACUCAGCAGGAAUCCACUGCCCAACAGGAGCCUGCUUCACAGCAAAGACCUUCCACGCAGCAGGAACCCCAGGCUCAACAUGAAGCCGAACACCAACAGGAACCUAGAACCCAACAAAAAUCCACUCUGCAGCAGGCAUUGCUUGCCUCACAGGAGUCUGUGCCACAGCAAUCAUCUCCCAUUAAAAGGCUGCCCCUCACUCAACAGGAAGCCCCCUCCCAGCAGGGACCUAGCCCAAGGAAAGAAUCAACAACUCAACAGAAAUCAGUGCUGAGAGAGGGACAAGCAGCCAGGCCAGGACUUGGGCCAGUAGAGCCCCCUCUAGCUCAACAGGAAGCUGAAUCAAAACCUAGAGCCCAGGCUAAACUCGCAUCCAAAAUAGGACCACCUGCCCAGAUUCAAUCUACAUCCCAAGAGAGAGCGCAACAGUCAGACGCUAUGGCUCAGCAAACAACGCCAGUCCAGAGAGCCAAAUCCAGGCACGAAUCUUUGACGGAGGACAGAAAUCUGCAAGAAACAUCCACCACACCGCAAGAAAUAUCCACAGAGCCAUCUCCUCAAGAGUGGAGGACACUUUUAGAGUGGAUCACAGAUUCCGACUCGGAAUCAGAUGUGGGAUCAUCUUCAGAAACAGAUGCUGUAGCCAUGAGAGGCGUAACGGCGAUAAACAGAGCAAAGACAGCCUUCAAAGAGAAAUCUGGUCAUGAAGGGAUGUCGGGACAUGGUGGGCCGUCUUUUGGGAAGAAAACCAGCACCAGGCACUACCGGGACACACCCUCAAGGCUUGUACACAGCAUGGACCUGCGCACGAUGACCCAGUCGCUGGUGACCCUGGCAGAAGACAAUAUGGCAUUCUUCUCCAGCCAGGGCCCUGGGGAGACAGCACGACGCCUGUCCAGCGUCUUUGCCGGUGUGCGGGAACAGGCACUGGGGCUGGAGCCGGCCCUGGGCCGCCUGCUCGGCGUGGCGCACCUCUUUGACCUGGACGCAGAGACACCAGCCAAUGGGUUCCGCAGCCUGGUGCACACAGCCCGCUGCUGCCUGGCGCACCUGCUACACAAAUCCCGCUACGUGGCUUCCAACCGCCGCAGCAUCUUCUUCCGCACCAGCCACAAUCUGGCUGAGCUGGAGGCCUACCUGGCUGCCCUCACCCAGCUCCGCGCUCUGGCCUACUACGCCCAGCGCCUGCUGGCCACCAACCGGCCAGGAGGGCUCUUCUUUGAGGGUGACGAGAGGCUGACUGCUGAUUUCCUGAGGGAGUAUGUGACGCUGCACAAGGGCUGCUUCUACGGCCGCUGCCUGGGCUUCCAAUUCACGCCCGCCAUCCGGCCCUUCCUGCAGACCAUCUCCAUCGGGCUGGUGUCCUUCGGGGAGCACUACAAGCGCAACGAGACGGGUCUCAGUGUGACCGCCAGCUCCCUCUUCACCAGCGGCCGCUUCGCCAUCGACCCAGAGCUGCGUGGGGCCGAGUUUGAGCGGAUCAUACAGAACCUGGACGUGCACUUCUGGAAAGCCUUCUGGAACAUCACGGAGAUUGAAGUACUCUCGUCUCUGGCCAACAUGACGUCGGCUAACGUGAGGGUGAGCCGACUGAUCAGCCUGCCGCCCGAGGCCUUUAACAUGCCGCUGACCUCCGACCCCAAGCUCACAGUCACCAUCUCGCCACCCUUGGCCCACACGGGCCCUGGGCCCGUCCUCGUCAGGCUCAUCUCCUACGACCUGCGUGAAGGACAGGACAGCGAGGAACUCAACAUCCUGGCCAAGUCCGAGGGCCCGCGGAGCCUGGAGCUGCGGCCCCGCGGCCAGCAGGCACCCCGCUCCCGGUCGCUGGUGGUGCAUAUCCACGGCGGCGGCUUCGUGGCCCAGACCUCCAAAUCCCACGAGCCCUACCUCAAGAGCUGGGCCCAAGAGCUGGGCGUCCCCAUCCUCUCCAUUGACUACUCCCUGGCCCCCGAGGCCCCCUUCCCGCGCGCGCUGGAGGAGUGCUUCUACGCCUACUGCUGGGCCGUCAAGCACUGCGCCCUCCUUGGCUCAACAGGAGAGCGGAUUUGCCUUGCGGGAGACAGCGCCGGCGGCAACCUCUGCUUCACCGUGUCCCUUCGGGCUGCAGCCUAUGGCGUGCGGGUGCCAGAUGGCAUCAUGGCAGCCUACCCGGCCACACUGCUGCAGUCGGCCGCCUCUCCCUCCCGGCUGCUGAGCCUCAUGGACCCCCUGCUGCCGCUCAGCGUGCUCUCCAAGUGUGUCAGCGCCUACGCAGGUGCACAGACAGAAGACCACUCCAACUCAGACCAGAAGGCGCUGGGCAUGAUGGGGCUCAUGCGGCGGGACACAGCCCUGCUCCUCAAAGACCUCCGCCUGGGCGCCUCCUCGUGGCUCAACUCCUUCCUGGAGCUGAGCGGACGCAAAGCCAAGAGCUCAGCACCAAUGUCAGAGCCAAUGCGCCGCAGUGUGUCCGAAGCAGCGCUGGCCCAGCCCGAGGGCCCACUGGGCACAGACUCCCUCAAGAGCCUGACACUGAAGGACCUGAGCGUGAAGGGCAGCUCCGAGGCCACCGACACCCCCGAGAUGUCACUGUCGGCCGAGACACUGGGCCCCUCCUCGGCCUCCGACGUCAACUUCUUCUUGCGGCCUGAGGACAGUGUCGAAGAGGCGGAGGCCAGGGAGGAGCGCGGCGCCAAGGACAGAGGCCAGGGCGUCAGGGCCGCCUUCCCUGAGGGCUUCCACCCGCGCAUCUCCAGCCAGGGGGCCACCCACAUGCCCUUGUUCUCCUCGCCCAUCGUCAAGAACCCCUUCAUGUCCCCGCUGCUGGCACCCGACAACAUGCUGAAGACCCUGCCACCCGUGCACAUUGUGGCCUGCGCGCUGGACCCCAUGCUGGACGACUCGGUCAUGUUCGCGCGGCGGCUGCGCUGCCUGGGCCAGCCGGUGACGCUGCGCGUGGUGGAGGACCUGCCCCACGGCUUCCUGAGCCUGGCCGCGCUGUGCCGCGAGACCCGCGAGGCCACCGAGCUGUGCGUGGAGCGCAUCCGCCUCGUGCUCACCCACCCCGCGCCCGCCGCGCCGCCGCCGCCGCUCUGAGCCACGCGGGGAGGAGGUGGGGGCUGCGGGGGGCCGCACUAAAGACAUUGUUCCACCCGCGCCGGCCUCCGUGGUGAAUGCGCUCCGGGACCGGCCCCGGGGAGGCCUCGAGAGGGGCUCCGGGGCCGUCGGGAGGGGCGGGCUAUGCCUUAAAGUCUGGGACCGCAAAGGGGGAGCAGGGGGACCGAAAGCUGAGACCCCGGCCUAGGGGAGGAGGACGCACACGCCCGCCACCCAGGCAGCCGGACCUGCACUCCACUACUGCCUUCUACUGCUGCUGCCGCGACCUGCGCAGGUCGCUUUCCGUUGUAAAUAAAAGUAUUUAAUUA